AUAUAGAUUUAUACAUCUGGGGUCCAUUGUCUAUAUAAUGUCAUUAAUUUUGACAGGGAAAAUAUUUCAAUGUUCAUGGUAUUCGUAUUCACGGAGGCAUAGAUAGAAUAUUUUGAAUUUAUUUUGAGCGAAACCUGUUAUAAAACUAGAUAUUUUAACAACUGUAUGUAUAUCAUGUUAUGAUUUCUUAACAAUGUCGUGUCAAGUGGAACAAAUAGCUGACUGUGGCGAUAUAUCAACAUUAGGGAGAGCUUUGUUUAUAAAGGAAAAAGAAGACUCUAAUUGGUUAACACAAUGCGCCAUAUCCAUGUCUUCUUGCAGCAGUUUAUUAGCAGUUGGAUAUCAAAAUCGCCUUUGUUUACUUACUAAUCAGUGGAUUAGCCAAACGAAUAGCAAUACUUUUUUGAUUUCCUGGAGUGGAACUUUACCUUCCGAUAUUACAGCACUUCUAGCAUUACCUAUUUGUCCUUCACAACAAUCUUCCCAGAAUGGUCCUGAUUGGUUUUGUAUUAUUGUGGGGUUCAAAAAUGGCAGUGUUGGAUUCUAUACAAAUACUGGACACUUGAUGUUGCUAGAAAAAUUUGAUGAAAAGCCUGUAUUAAAGAUAUCUUGCCACACUGGUACCUAUGGCACUUUACCUGAUGAUAUACAUAUUCUGUUUCAAAGCUCAGAAUGUAUCAUCUCUGCUUCAAGCUUGUAUCAAACACUUAGGAAUGCCAAAGCUCAUCUAGCCAAAGUUCAUGCUGGAAUCAAAGAUGACUACACGGUGGACAGUCGCAGUCUUGGCAUACGCAAGUGGAUGUUCUCUGAUCAAGAAGUUAUGAAUGAUGCUGCGGUUGUAGGAUUAGAUCUCAAAAAUACUUAUGAUCAUCUGCUAGCUGCAUCUACCUAUGGGGGCUACGAUAUUUGGUAUCGAUCUGUCCCGCCAGUCAACACUUUAAUUCUUGCAGCAGGUGCACAGCCUUACAUUGGUUUUCACUAUGCUCUAGAAGGUGGUACAAUUCCGCCUCUUCAAGACGUUGCUAGAGUGGUUGCAAAUAAAAUCAAAUCAGCUCUUCCGGGCUGGCUUGGAGGUAACUCUACCGAAAACAUAGCGGCCGGCAAUGAACCAUUAAUUCGUUCCGAGGUUUUGUCUAAACGUAACGGCCUGUACGACGGACAACGCCAAGGCAACGUAGUGGCCAUCUCACCAGAUCGCCGGCUCGCUGCAAUCGCUGACAGUUUCGGACGAGUUGCAGUCUUAGAUGUUACGCGAGGUCAUUUAAUAAGACUAUUUAAAGGCUACAGAGAUGCACAAUGUGCUUUUGUUCAAAUAUUCGACAUGAAUGAUAAAAAGCCACAACUAUCGGUUGUUAAAGAUUUACGAAGGGCUAUAUUUUUGAUCAUAUAUAGUCCUAAAAAAGGUCUCAUAGAUAUAAGAUUAAUGCAGAAGGGCGACCGAGUAGCAACAUUUACCGCCACAAAAAACGGGAAGCUCCUGUACAACACAUGUGGCCUUGUCGGUGCCGAGAAAAAAUAUUCGCAUAAAAAACUUAACUUGCCAGAAGUACAAUGUGUUUUAAUAGAUCCUGACGGUAAAAUAAAAAAGUUCAACAUUCCAUUUUUCUUUGCUCUGGAUGGUGAACAUUCCCUUAGAUCCAAAGAUUUAUAUAUGUUAAAAGAACUACGUGAGGAUUUAAAAAAGACAUCUGCCGAUUAUUCCGUUGAUGAAAUAAUAAAAAAAGUAUCGGAUUUGAAGACAUUAGAUGCGAAAAGGCAUUGCAUAGAUAUGUUACUCAGAAAAUAUGAAAUAUCUCCAAGAGAUUUAAUGACUUGUUUGAAUUUGUUAUGGAAUAGUUUCAAAAGUGAUCUCAAUCUUGAAGAAUUCGAACUCAAAAAUUACUUUGCUACUCUUGGCUUAGCAACUUUGUUUUACAGAUAUAUAAAUGGCGAUAGCGCCGAUGAUAUGCAAGACUUGACUGAUAAAAUACACAUUUUCCUGCAUUUUGACGAAGGUGAUGAAAUUGCCAUAGAAUCAAUUGAGAACGAAACUAAUGAGAAUGACCAAGCUCUAACAUUCGAACUUUUAGAAGACGACAAUUGUAUUCUAGAAAGGUUGCUUACUUUAGCACAAGAAAAUAAUUACAAGGAGCACCAAGUUAGAGUUACGUUUGCUGACAAUAAUACUAGCACUUACAAAGAAUUUGUUUCAUGCUUCAAGUUAGAUAAAAAUUCUCAUUACAUGUCGAUAUCAUUUGAUACAUCAAGUGAAAAAAUUAAUAACAUCGCGUGUUUUACGUUUAAAGCUGUAUUCAAAAUACAAGAGAGUCACUUGUUAAGUAAAUUCAUCAAAGAAUGUAAAGUGGACCCAAUGCAAAUAGUCAAACUAUUAAUAAUGCACAUAAUGAAUAUGCCACUAGAAGAAAUUAGUCUUGAGCUGAUUGAACAAUUUAUCGAAGUGGUGUAUUACAUCUGCAAUGCUUCAGAGGAAGCCACCAUAACUGCUUACAAUGAAAUUUCAACCUGGUGGCAAGGCAUUCGCGAUAUAUUGGUAGAGAUGCCAUGCCCAUUAAGAAGUAUGACGGUUGCAAUGGCUUGUAAAGCAGUAAGUAAAAUAUUUGAAACUAAAACUCAAGAGAAGGAUGAAGAAAUAUGGGAAUCGGUUACCAAGGAAAAUGCAAAAUGGGGCAUUCUCAUAGGAAAACUAGAGGACAUUUCCAUUCUCAGCAUAAUUCUAAUGUUUAAAGACCCUUUUAAAGGAAAAUCGCUGCCGAAGUUACAUGUGGCUGAAUUUGAUAUAAAUCUCAAAAAUAUAUACACGAGAGGUAAAGGGUCUGUUACAGAAUUAAUAGCCAAAUGGCUAUGUGGCAUGGGGGUUUUACCUGAAGCUAUUGUCGCUAAUGAAUUGAUGGAAAAAUAUGCUAGCUUAGGGUUAGAAUUGCCUAAUAGCAAUGAUGACAAUGAUUGUGAUUACCUAUAUAUUGAAAAUAACCGAUUAUACGUCGAUGAGAAUCCUAAAUUCUUUAAAUGGUUUUCGCUCUUACGACAACAGUUCCCAUUAAGCACAUCUGCUGAUUAUAUUAUAUCAAAUAUGUGUUGGGAAUAUUCCAUGGCAUGGCAGAAAUCUAUGCAAACUUUAGAAUAUCUUAACACUGUUCUUGAAUGUUUGAAAUGUAUAUCGAGUAUUCAUAUUAGAUUUGGCUUAUUCUCAAUAAUAUGGUCUACAUAUAUAAAACACAUGUUUGAAGUAAGUUGUCGUUUAGUGAAUAAAGUAGGCAGACUGCCAAAAGACCCAUUGUGUCUACAAGAUGUUGGUUUUGAUAAUACCACCAUGACAACUUUUCUGAAGACUAUAACAGCUUAUUUAGAAGACUUUCUGAACUGUUCAAACUCGCCAUUCAAUCAAGAAAAACAAGACAUUCAAUUUGAGAAAAUAUGGGGUGAAAGUCUCCCUUCAUUGGUGGAAGUAGCACAGAACACGAAUAAUGUUAACAAUGACAUAUUGAAUUUAAAUUAUCAAAUAUCGUGUACUGUUUAUUACAUAUGUCAUUUCAAUAUAAAAUUGACGAAACCUCUUGAAUCAUUAUACGACGUUGACUACCAGUAUGUAUUGGAGGCGUUAACUGGUAGCACUCACAAUAGACAGAUUAAUAUGAAGGCAUCUGAUAAGUUAAGAAACCCAAGAAUGAAAUUUAUAACUAAACUUAUCAGACACGCUGUCGAAUCCAUAACUACGACUGAUUGUGUCGGACCUUACCCAACAUACAAUAGUGAAGAGUGUACUGCUUGGAUACAGAGAAUCGAGCACCUAGCAGAGUUGUGGAGUAUCGACGAAGAUUUUAUAAUACGUCAACAGGUCAUAUCGUUAUAUCAUCUUGGAUAUGAUAUGUUGGCUGAAAAUAUUAUAAGUUUACUUAAGGAGCCUGAAAUUGUAUUACCAUCAAUAAUGGCUAUAACUACACAGAGGUUUAAAAGGAGUUUGGAACAUUCUAGUAAUCAGCCAGAGUGGAUUGUUACUAUGCCACCUCAGCUAUACAAACGUCUUCAAGGCACAGUUCUAGACACUUCAAUACCUGCUCAUCCUUCACUGGCAACUACAAAAAUAGUACUACAAAAAAUACUAGUCCAAAUCGAUAAAAAGACUACUAAAGACCCAGAGAACUAUCAAGAAAUAAAAAUGGCUGAAUUAUUUAUUGAAAGUUGCGAUGUACUGAUGAGGCGUAAGCUGUAAAUUGUUUUGUAGUUUAUUAUCGCUUCAUAUUAAAACUUGCCUCUCUAGAUUUUCUAUGAGUUAUCGUUAUUCUGCUGAUGUUGAAAUAAAUAUAUAAUAAAUUUUAAUAUUUUGUUUAAUCCA